AUGACGGGGCCGCGCGGGCCCGGGAGCGGGGGCGUGUCGGGGAAGGGGUACUCGAAGCGCGGGAUGUCGGUGUCGAGGGCGAAGGGCGUGCCGACGAUGGUGGCGGAGGGGGAGUGCAGUGUGAGGCUGGCGAGGCCGGGCAUGGGGAUGGGGCUCGAGGGUGCCGGUGAAAGGUCGAGCGGCGGGGACGGGGAGGCGGGCUGGAUAGUGGUGAUUAGCUGGUGUUAUGGAUACGUGGACGGGAGGGGGGGUUGGCAGGAGGCAGGAGAUCUGGGGUACGAGGGGUACGAGGAGGACGGGAGGGGGACGUACUGGGGUAGUGGGAGCCGUGCUGCGACAGGAUGA